UUGGGCCUGUACUCACCAUCCAAUGCCCUGGGAGUGGGAAUCUACCCGGCAUCCACUCCAUGGCCACUGCUCCAGAACACAAGCCUCAUCAACCUCAGUGCUGUUUUCAAGCUCAAUGGGAGUAAUGUCAAGGUUGAAGGUCAAUCCUAUGAUCCUCUGGGUGGUCACUCACUCUGGCAGGUCAUUCUCAUCGUUGUCUUUACAGGAUUGCUCUCCCUUAUUACUAUUAUCGGCAACAUCUUGGUCAUGGUGUCAUUUAAGGUCAACCGCCAGCUCAAAACAGUUAACAAUUACUUCCUGCUUAGUUUAGCCGUGGCAGAUCUCAUCAUUGGGGUCAUCUCUAUGAACUUGUACACCGCCUACAUUGUCAUGGGCCAGUGGGCAAUGGGAAACUGGGCAUGCGACCUCUGGCUAGCAAUAGACUACGUAGCCAGCAAUGCAUCUGUCAUGAAUCUGCUGGUCAUUAGCUUUGACCGAUAUUUCUCCAUCACAAGGCCUCUGACAUACCGUGCCAAACGUACCACCAGGCGGGCAGGAGUGAUGAUUGGCCUGGCAUGGUUUGUGUCGCUCAUACUUUGGGCACCUGCCAUUUUGUUUUGGCAGUAUUUUGUAGGAGAAAGAACCGUUCCACUGGAUAAAUGCUACAUUCAGUUUCUCUCCGAGCCUAUUAUUACAUUUUGCACCGCGAUGGCGGCUUUCUACCUGCCGGUGACGAUAAUGAGCGUUCUAUACUGGCGAAUAUACAAAGAGACAGAGAACCGUUCUCGGGAACUUGCAGUAUUACAAGGCUCAGUCGGAAGGUUCGGAGGUGUCGAGCGACCGCACUUCCACCUCCACGCCACUGGGGGGAACUCUAGAAGCUGCAGCAGCUUCGAACUGGGCCAACCUGGCCACAAACAAAGCUCCGUUCACGGCCUGAGCGGGCGAUUCCACUGUUGGGGGUGGAAGUUGGGAGGCAGGGAUAAAGGUGGGCCGCACCGGGAGGCAGAUCAGAGCAGCAGUGACAGCUGGAACAACAACGAUGCUGGACUGUCAGCCGACCACUCAGGCUCAUCUGACGAUGAUGAGAGCGCGCCGUCUACCACGCGGGCGAUCUUCUCUAUCGUUCUCAAUCUGCCUGGCAUGAGGGCAGCUGUAAACUCCCAGGUCACUUCUUGUGAGGAUUUGGACACAGAGGAAGAUCCAUUACGGUCCCCUGUGGCGAACGACGGCAGGGAUAACAGCAUCUCGCGCUCCGUCACCAAUGGGGACAAGCGGUGUAUCGGAAUCAUGAAUAAAGUUCAGUCAAUAUCCGCUAUAAAGUCGUCAACGGAGCCGAACGUAGACGGCACCAACACCACCGUCAAAUCUCCCUCAGCACCCAUAACUUUCAAAGAGGCAGCUUUAGCUAAACGUUUCGCAGCUUGCGCAAGGACGCAAAUCACCAAGCGGAAGCGUAUGUCGCUAAUAAAAGAAAAGAAAGCGGCGCAAACUCUAAGUGCCAUCCUUUUCGCUUUCAUUAUAACAUGGACGCCUUAUAACAUCAUGGUGCUAGUAAACACUUUCUGCAACGGCUGCAUACCUGAGAACCUUUGGGCGCUAGGCUAUUGGCUAUGCUACGUUAACAGUACAGUAAAUCCUAUGUGCUAUGCCCUUUGCAACAAGACUUUUCGUAGCACUUUCAAGAUGAUCCUGCUUUGUCGCUGGGAUCAGAAAAAAAGCAAGCCAAGCUUUCCACAAAGACAGGCUGUGAGGUUUCACAGGAGCAUACCGACAGACUCCACAUAGUAACUUGGCUAAUUUGCUAAUGCUAACAUGUAAGUUGCAAGGGGUAAUUCCUCAAGUAUCUGUACUAUAUACUGAAGCUUUAAUGUGUGAGUCUCAAUGUGGACGUGUAGUUCAGUCACUUAUAAUCCCGGGUCACUAGAUUGUAACAUUUUAAGACACUGUGGUUUAGUGUACAAAGAGCUUCAGUGAUUCUGAAGCACAACUGAGAAAGUGCAGUGGCCAUCAGUACUUCCUGUGGACGUUUUAU